AUGACUGAGCAACAAUCGCUUGAAGCUAUCCGCUACGAUCACGAUCAUGGUCAGUUGAAAAUAUUAAAUCAGCUGUUAUUGCCAUCAGAAUAUGUGUAUGAAAAUGUUGAAGGAAUUGAAGAUGGCUGGCAAGCAAUUCGCCAGAUGAAGGUACGAGGUGCACCUGCCAUUGCUAUUGUUGGAAUGUUAAGCCUGGCAGUAGAGUUGAGAUCGAAAUCAUUUACUGAAAUGAAUGAAUUUGAUAAAUUUAUACGAGAUAGCUUAGAGCAUCUGAAGACUGCGCGCCCUACUGCGGUAAAUAUUUUUCUGGCUUGCGAUCUUAUCACCAAAUUAAUUGACAAUUUGAUCAUCUUGGGCGAUGAAGCUGUUGGUGUAGCUAAAAUAGAAGUUAUAAGGCACAUCGAGGAGAUGCUUCAUAAAGAUGUUGAGAGUAAUAAGAGAAUUGGUAGCUAUGGAGCUGAAGCAAUCCUGGCGAAAGUACCUAGCAAGGAAAAGAUAAACGUAUUAACUCAUUGUAACACAGGUUCUCUCGCAACUGCUGGCUACGGCACUGCUUUAGGCGUAAUACGAUCUCUAUAUGGUCGGGAUUCAAUUGACAGAGUAUUUUGCACUGAAACUAGACCUUAUAAUCAAGGCUCUAGAUUGACAGCCUUUGAAUUGGUACAUGACGGUAUACCAGCAACACUUAUAACAGAUUCCAUGGCAUCACUAGUUAUGAAGAAGAAGGAUAUCUCAGCCGUCGUUGUUGGAGCCGAUCGGGUACUUGGAAAUGGUGAUACUGCUAAUAAAAUUGGAACUUAUCAGCUUGCUAUCACAGCGAAGUAUCAUAAAAUUCCUUUUUAUAUUGCUGCUCCAACGACAACAAUUGUUUUAGAUGACUCCAAAGAUAUUGUCAUCGAAGAGCGUUCUCAUAAAGAAGUAACAGAAAUUCAAGGUAUACCAAUCGCUCCAUCUGGUAUAAAUGUGUAUAAUCCAGCAUUUGACGUAACUCCAGCCGAACUAAUUACUGGAAUUAUUACGGAAGUAGGAGUAUUUUCACCCAGUGAGAUGAAAUCCAAAUUACAAACUAUCUUAAAUUCAUGA